AAAAUAGUUAGAGAAACUACAAGUUUUCCUAUACUUAUAUUAUAUUUACACGAUAUAUAUAUUAUUAUUAAAAUAAAAAAUAAAAUGCGUUGUUUAAUAUUUGUGUUAAUUUUGUGUUUCUUUUCGAAUAAUUGUGAAUCUAAACCAUCAGAAGGAUUCACUUACAUGACUACAAAUAAUUCAGAGAUUGAAAAAUGUAUGAGACCUGUAGAGGAUACUGAAAGAUAUUGGGUGUGCAAAUAUUUCAAGUCUGAAGUUUUUACACCAGCACAAGCAGGCUUAGGUUACUGUACAAUAGCAAUAAUUGAAGGAUCUAAAAUUCGUCAUGAAUGCAGAAGAGAAAAACCAUCUUUUCUCCCAGGACAAAAUAUAAAACUCAAAAUGAAUAUUGAAUAAAAAGAAAAAAAGUUUUAUGCAUUAUAUAAUUUAAUACAUAAUUCUUAUUCUCAAUGUAUUUUGUUAAUUUAAAGUUACAAUUUUUUUAAAUAAAUUUAAAUUAUUGACAUUAUUAUAAAUAUAAUAAAAUAAUAAAUAUUUUUUACUAUAAAUUUAUGAAAAAAGUGUGCAUAUUUCACAAGCUCAACUGUUAUAAUUGAAAUUAAUUACAAAUUAACAUAUUAAAAAAUAAUAACAAUAAAUUAAUUAAUUAUAAUUAACUCCAGAUAGUACAACUGGGGUAAAACAGUACCCUAGAGAAAAUUCAAACUACGGCCCUGGCUCUGUAAGCUUAACUGUCAUGGCGGCACCCUAACCUUAAUUUGACAAAUUU